AUGUUGGCCGCAUCUGCAAUCGACAUCACCUUUGACGACGACGAAUGGGUGGCUCCUGUCGGGAAAACCAGGCUAAACCGGGCUGCGAGUGUCGGAAACAGCUGGGGUGUCACGUCCAUUGGGCGGGGGUUUGACUGGUCGCAGAAAGCGCAUGAAGAUGGAGAGGACGAGGACGAGGAUGCGGACGAGGAUACGAACGUUUUCGAAAGUGAACCCGAGACUCCCCCGGACGCGGCGCGCGCCAGCGACGAAGAGCAUGACUUUGAAUCACCUGUUCAGGCUCGACCGCCCGCGUCUGUGGCCCUUGCCAGGCCGAACCCGAUCUAUCCCAUCACGACCCUUACACUCUUCCCUCCGCGUUCCGAUCCCGCGCAUUCUCCCACCAUUUCCUCACGUCCUCUCACGCCCAACAGCCCUUCUCGCACGUUCACAGCACCCCGUCCACCACCUCCUAUACGUUCACCUACCUCCCCAAGGCCGCGCAGACGUUCUUCGCAGCAGCGUGUCUCUCUUAUUGCCGGACGUGUCUCCAUCGCCCCCAUCGAGCCGCCAUCAGACUUCCCGGUGGCGCCGCAAAAGCUUGUUCGAUCUGGCAGCUCUGGCAGUCUCUUGAGCAUCGCGCAAAGUACCUGUCCACCGACGCCAACUGGCACACUCACUCCCGAUUCGAGCGAGCGAGACAUCUCUGAGUUUGUCAUCCAAGGGGAGGUCGGGCGAGGCGCGUAUGGCUUGGUCAAAAAGGCGCGCGAAAUAAAGCCUGACGGGACACUGGGGCCUCCGUUGAUCAUGAAGCAAGUCAUUAAAUCUCGGAUCCUCGCCGAUUGCUGGAAGAAACAUCCCAAACAUGGGACAAUUCCGAUAGAGAUUUACGUCAUGUCUGCUAUCUCCAAUACUUCAUACGUGUUGCCCCCUCGAAGGCCUUGGGAUCCUGCGCGACCAUCUGCGCCGGACUUACAAUCUUCAUCUUUAUCCCCACCCGAGGGCGAUGUUUUUGAGUGGGUUGAAGGCAAGGUCGUCAAAGGUCACCCUAAUAUUUGUCCACUCCUCGAUUUCUUCGAAGAUAAUCAUUACUAUUACUUGCUAUUGCCAUCCACUACCCCCGAACCCGGGCCCAAUGAGCCGAUUCCUCCAUCAGAUUUAUUUAACCUCAUUGAGAGCUAUCCAGAUGGCCUACCGGUCAGCUCGAUUCGGACAUACUUGGGCCAAAUCGCGGACGCGCUCAGCUUCUUACAUGCACGAGGAAUUGUGCAUCGCGACAUCAAAGAUGAAAACGUGGUGCUCGGACCUCGUGGGCGGUGCAUCUUGAUAGAUUUUGGGAGUUCGGGUCUAGUCAAGAAAGGUGGAUGGGACACGUUCAGCGGCACCCUGGACUAUGCGGGCCCUGAGAUUCUGCGCGGAGAGAGAUAUCAGGGUAAAGAGCAAGAUGUAUGGGCAUACGGCGUCGUAGCAUACGUGAUGCUGGUUGGAGAAUGCCCCUUUUCAACAGCCGCAGAGGCUCAAGAAGGUCUGGCGUCCCCCUUCUCGGCCGCUUCUAUCGCUCUAGAUGAGCGUUGCAACGAAGGACGAGAGGCAGAGGGAGAGGAGGCCGACGGCGGGGGUGCGUUGGGGGAUGCUGCGGCUCUCGUUCGAGCUUGUCUUCAACUAGAUGUCGACGCUCGGCCGAGCUUCGAUAAGAUUCUUUGCAGUCGCUUUCUCGCAGGACAUGGAGGGUGGGGGAUGUAG